ACGCGCUGAAAUAUGGAUAAUAAGUGUCCGUGUACGCGUAGGUUGGAGUCUAGUCCGCUCAGUCUGAAGGCGAUGACCACAAGCUCGGUGUGAAAGAGCACGAAAGCACGUGGUGAGGUGCGUCCCCUUUAUAAAGCUGACUUUCCCUCCAGCCAGCCGCCAGGAGAUGGUGCGCGCUGGCACGCGGCACUGGCGUUUUCCACAGGAGGGGAUGGAGAAGCGCACUAACGCUCUUUCCGUCGCGCCGAAGGGAAAAUAACUUAUUUGCCUCGUUCGUUCCGUUCGUUUGACGUGUUCGCGUUGUUGUGAAGUUUCCUCUCCGACGUUAUAACGCGCGCGCUCGAAUCACACGCGACUCGGCAGGCGGUGGAGAUGCGCGGCGGCGCACGAGCGGAUCGUGCCGAGUUUUAAAGCGCGUGAGGCGCUCUCGCGGUGUUCACUGAAGGCUUUCUGGGCACUUGGAUGCGCUGGAGGUGCGCUGACCCGCAUAUCAUCACGCUGUUCGCUCCACGCAGAAUUCCACUUCAGAUGGCCGUGACUGCGACUCCUCGGCUUGAGGUGUGAUCAUAUAGAAGAUCUGCUCUCCGCUUCCAGGAUUUUUUGUUGUUAUUGUUGUUGUUUAAGCCAUUUAACGACUUCUCAGUGCUGUCACGCCAAAUGGAUAUCCAGCCACAAAAAAGAUCAGUGACUAAUCAUCCUAAUAUAGCCUAAACUUUUAAUGUCAAACUUUUAUCCGGCGAUAGGCUACAAAAUGCAUUGAUCGUCUCCUUUUCUUCACUAGGCUACGUGUGCUUCAUUCAGCAAACACAAACCUUACUGUAGCACUAAAACUGCUUUUUGAAAACUGUGGAGGAACACCGCCAUCCUCCACCGAAAAUGAACCUCUUCGUAGUGAGCAUUCUCCUGAGCCUGGAUCUAGUGGCCGUGGCGCUCGGCUUGUCCACGUGCAGCACCUUAGACAUGGACCAGUUCAUGAAGAAGCGCAUCGAGGCGAUCCGCGGCCAGAUCCUAAGCAAGCUGAAGCUCAGCAAGCCGCCGGAGGAGUUCCCGGAGCCUGAAGACGUGUCCCGGGAUAUCAUCGCCAUCUACAACAGCACCCGCGACCUGCUGCAGGAGAAGGCCAACGAGCGCGCCGCCACCUGUGAGCGCCAGCGCAGCGAGGAGGAGUACUACGCCAAGGAGGUGCACAAAAUCGACAAGCAGCCCUUCUACCCAGCCGAGAAUGUCAUCUCUCCGACCUAUUACAAUCCCUACUUCAGACGGCUCAGGUUUGAUGUGAGCUCCAUGGAGAAGAACGCAUCCAACCUGGUGAAGGCUGAGCUAAGGAUUUUCAGGCUGCAGAACCCAAAGGCCCGUGUAUCUGAGCAGCGCAUUGAGCUUUAUCAGAUCCUGGGCCAUAAGGACCCCACAUCACCCACACAGCGCUAUAUCGACAGCAAAGUGGUGCGCACUCGUACAGAGGGCGAGUGGCUGUCCUUUGACGUAACUGAAGCGGUCAGCGAAUGGCUACUGCACAGAGACAGAAACAAUGGAUUCAAGAUCAGCCUGCACUGUCCUUGCUGUACAUUUGUGCCAUCAAAUAAUUACAUCAUCCCAAACAAGAGUGAGGAGCUGGAGGCCCGCUUUGCAGGGAUUGAUGAUAACUUCGGCCGCCGUCAUAGUGGCCUGUCUCCACACUUGCUGCUCAUGUUGCUCCCGUCCUACCGCCUGGAGUCCCAGCACAAGAGCCACAGACAGAAACGAGCCCUGGAUGCUGCUUUCUGCUCCAGGAACGUUCAGGACAACUGCUGUCUGCGCUCGCUGUACAUUGACUUCAAGAAGGACCUCGGAUGGAGGUGGAUCCAUGAGCCAAAAGGUUACAAUGCCAACUUCUGUGCUGGAGCAUGUCCUUACCUCUGGAGUGCAGACACCCAGCACACUAAGGUUCUUGGUCUAUAUAACACCAUUAAUCCAGAAGCAUCAGCCUCUCCGUGCUGCGUAUCCCAAGACCUGGAACCUCUUACCAUCCUUUACUUCAUUGGAAAGACCCCCAAAAUUGAGCAGCUUUCCAAUAUGAUUGUAAAGUCCUGCAAAUGCAGCUAGGAACUGGCUAAAGCUGCACACACACACAUACACAAACACACACACACACACACACACACACACACACUCAUACACUAUAAAUUUUAAUACAGUCACGAACUGUCUCAUUCACACAGGUAUAGAAAUUGCUGUGCAGGCCAGGAACAGAAAUGUACAUUUCCUACAACCAGCGUAUGUAUUUGUACAAAGUGAGCACACAAAGGCGCACACGCAGAGUUUGCACUUAAGUGUGCACAUACGUGUUUGUGUGUAUGUGUGCUGGGGAAAAAAAUGGCCCUUUUAGUACAUCUCAUCUCACACACUCAUCACACCAGGACGUGAGUAUGGCAAACACUGGAAGUACAUGAUUAAGUGUCUACAUGUGAAGUAGUAGAAAAGAGAAUCCCUCAUUUCAGCAAGCAGUUAUAGCAAACUCUGUCUCGUUCUUUAUCUUUCUUUACCUAUGCGUCCCUCCAAACUGUAGUAGCAUUUGUUUUUCGUUAUUUUUUAAAGCUGGUUUUGAUUCUUGGAAAUUGUUGAAGACCUCACUUAUUUAAUGUCAGCGGGGCCUGUUAGUGACUUUCCUGGCUAAGACAUGACAAGAGGAACGGGGAAGGGAACGGUGAAGAGGUUUUUGUGAUACGGGGAAAGACACCAAGGGACUGAAAAUAGUUUCGCUAAAUUCCAUUGCAGCUGAACAAGACGUGAACCGACAUGUGACCGACUGUGAGUUUGGAAAGCAGCAGGUGUGAAAUCUGCCUCAUGAUAUGCCCAGAGUUUAUGAAUAUGCAAUAAAAUGAUUCUUUUUGAACUCGGAAAGUAUGCAAAGUGUAAUGUCGGAGACGCUGUGAAUCAUACAGUCAAACCAAAACGUUGGCUCUCGGUUUAUCAUUUGUAAUGCUGAGUGAUCAUGAGUACACACUACAGAACACAUUAUAUACUACAGAACAUCUGUCAUGGUUCCAAAAAAGAAAAACUUUCACGCACAUGCACUCCAACAGAAUCAUGCUAAAAGGCAGGGUUUUUGUUUUUGUUUUUUUUUACAAGAAAUAUAAAUUUGUUCACUUUAGGGACUUACUGUAUAAUGAAGGAACGUAAGAGUUCCUAUAAAGCCAAUCGUGCUGAUCAGGUUCAGCCAUGUCAACAUUGUAUGAAGUAAUGAGAUGAGAUGUAAUUAGAGUGGGACAGAGAUCAGGGUUAUGGUAGGUGACAGUGUAUUGUGGAAGGCUUGGAAAGGAGAUCGUGUCAGAAAAGUCAGAGGAAGGACAGGACAACAGCAGAGGGAUUUUGCCAAGUGAUUAGAGGCAUGUAGAGCAGAUGUCUGACAAUGUCUCUGUGGCUAGCUAUAGUAAUGAGAGUCAGUAAAAGCCUGGCACUUCCAGCUUAUCGAGUUUCAACAUGUGGCAUGAAUGGGGCCAGGCCAACCCUACAAGUGUAUUUGAGUUGCCAUUGAUGGAUAUGUGCCAUUGAGAAACUUUGUAUUGCACUCAAAUCAGAGAGCAAAGCCCCUCCUUUGCUUAUUUUUCCCCUUCCAAUGAACCGAGAUCCUUUGAUACAAAGAAUUGCACUGACUGUAUUUUAUUAUUACCUUUUCUUUUUUUUUAUUUGUAACAUUUGUUGUUUGUUGGAUUUUUACUUGUAGUACAUGUCCCCCCUUACCCCCCUCUCACCCUCAACAUACCGCAAGUGUUAAUGACAUGACUCCAGUAAAGAAAUUUGGCCAGGCAAAAUGGAAACGGCUCCGAUCAGUGUAGAACGAUCUCUUCCAACAUUGUAUAAUAUGUAGGUGACAGUAUACAGUGACACCCUACCCCCAGCCCCCUCAUAGUGCUAGUGGAUGUCCUUAAGAUACAGGAAGUGGAAGGAAGCACAACCAUUGUCACAUUAGAACAGGGGUUUCUUUAUUCCGUCCUCAAACACCCCCUGCCAAACCACAUUUGUUGUUCUUUUCCAAUUUCUGAUCAUAUUAAACCAUGCAAGAGAGAACCGUGUGAUUCUGACUUUCUGGUUCUGAUAUGAUCUGGAACAGAGUGUGGACUGGCCGAGGGUCCUCGAGGACCAUAUCAGUGACCUCUGCGUUAGAGCUGUAUAUUGUUAUUGUUGUUUAUGAUGAUGUUGAUGUUGUUGACCCACUAUGAUGUAUUGUAACACAUUAUUGUUGUGGUGCUCUAGUGGUAAAUAAAUUAUUUAAGUAACAAGGGAAAAGAA